AGCUAAAGUUUUCCUAUUGGUUGACGGACCGGUAUAAGCGAUGCUUUCACGGUAACCGGCUUCAGUUGUGUUGUUACUCACUCACUGUACACUUGGAGAAUAGUAUGUAUAAAGUACUUAACAACAAGGAAAUCAAACACGAGUGUUCGCGGUCGGGAGGACUGCAUGCAUAUCCUGAUCAUUUUAGGGAACCUAAAGAGUCAUAUCUUUAAAAAUCCAAUCCCAAUUCCCCAUUCAUGAACAUUUGAAGUUUCUUGUCCUCUGGUAGGACCAACUUGUAUAUAGUGUACAUAAGAUCGCUUGUCUAAUUAAAAUUCAAACCUGACGAGUCGAAUUGCUACGAAGGAAAAUAAUUGAAAAGUCGUCACGCGGGUUAAAAAACAAACAACAUUUAAAAAAAAGCAAAGUGUGAACAAUCGCACAAGAGUCUUUAUCACGCUGUAACAAAGCACGAAACAAGUAAAAAAAUUAAUUCAAUCUAUAUCCCAUUUAUUCCUACCCAUCAUCCACAUUUUCCUACUUACCUUUUGGUAGAAUUUGAAAGAUAAAGGAUUAAGAAAAAAAAAGGAUAACAUCAUGAAGCAAGGACCAUCAGAAGAUUUGCAUAUCGGUUUGAAGCUACUUACUGCUGGCACUGCGGCUUGCAUUGCUGAUUUAGCUACGUUUCCUUUGGAUACGGCCAAAGUCAGGAUGCAGAUCGCUGGCGAAGGACGAACAAUAUUGCUGGCAUCGACAGAAGGUUCGAUGCUCGCAAUGAGAGCAAGUCAGCCAGGACUGUUGGAGACAAUGGGGAACAUCGUCAGGGUUGAAGGAGCAAGGAGCCUGUACGGAGGUCUGUCCGCGGGACUCCAGAGACAGAUGUGUUUCGCCAGCGUACGGUUGGGCCUCUACGACAGCGUGAAGUCACUCUACGCUGGAAUCAUCGACGGAAAUAACCGGAGCGGUUCGAUGAACAUUGGUAUUCGUGUAAUGGCCGGUAUGACAACCGGUGCUUUAGCGGUCCUUUUUGCCCAACCGACUGACGUCGUUAAGGUUCGUCUGCAAGCUGGAAACAGUGGAGGUUCGGCAGUGAGAUACAGCUCAACUCUUCAGGCUUAUAAAAAUAUAGCCAGUGUUGAAGGAACUCGAGGACUUUGGAAAGGUACUAUGCCGAACAUCUCCCGGAACGUGAUUGUAAACGUUGCUGAGAUCGUUUGCUACGACAUCAUCAAGGACAUGAUCAUAAGCUCUGGUUAUCUCCGAGACGGCAUACCUUGUCAUCUAACGGCUGCAACAGCUGCUGGACUUUGUACCACUCUAGCUGCUAGUCCAGUCGACGUAGUUAAAACUCGCUACAUGAACAGCCCACCUGGCGAGUACAAGGGUGCCGUUGAAUGUGCAGUCAAGAUGUUCGUUCAAGAAGGGCCCGCUGCUUUUUACAAAGGCUUCGUACCCAGCUUUACAAGAUUGGUAUCCUGGAACAUCAUGCUUUGGGUCACCUACGAGCAAAUCAAGAAACAUGUGAAGAAAAUUUACGGCCACGAAUAAAUAAUCGUCUUAUCUUUGAAUUAAGACAAGACGAUUAUAUUUACUAAUGCUUAAACACAACACACAUAACAA